AGAUCUAUUGGUCGGCCGUGACAGGGCCUUUCCGGCCUGGGCGCGGCGAGCAUCGGACUCGGCCGCCCCUUCUUGGGUUUUCCGCCGGGAGUGGUCGCGCGUCAAUUGGUGCAACCUUCCACAAGGAAUCCCUCGCCUUGGGAAUAAUGCGACAAUUAAAAUUCUGCGUGGGCGAAGAUGCCCAGAUGGGAUGUUUUCCACGUGGGAGUCGCAUGGGGGUUACCCACUUCCCCCAGAACAUAAAUAUUGCCUGUGGGAACUUGAGCUUGGGCUUGCUGAUCUCUACUGCAUCACAGUCGUAGUUCCUUACAAGUAAACGUUCUGUGUGUGACGGUGUGUUCGUUGUUUUGCUCCUGUGCUGCAUUGACAACUCGACCAUGGCUCGCGGCGGUGACAACAACCCGCCCUUCGAGGCCACCGCGACGGCGGACAGCGCACACUCCGACCUACCCGGCCGAGCCUCUUCGGUCUCGAUCUCCCCCUCCGACGACAAAUCCCCCGGUGUCCGCCGUGCUGAGGCUCUAGCUGCUGUCUUGACCACCACGGACCGCGUCUUCAUCUUCCUAGGCGUCUUCCUCGUCGCCUUCGCCUACGGCCUUGACGGUGUCCUCCGCUAUGCCUACCAACCCAAAGCGACCGCCUCCUUUUCCCAGCAUUCGCUGCUGGCGACCGUCAACGUACUGCGGUCCGUCAUCGCUGCCGCCGCUCAGCCCACGUCGGCCAAGAUUGCCGACAUCUUCGGUCGCGCCGAGCUGGUCGUCCUCUCCGUCUUCUUCUACGUCCUCGGCACCGUCAUCGAGACGGUCUCAACCAACGUGUCGACCUUUGCGGCGGGCGCCCUCAUCUACCAGAUCGGAUACACCAUGAUCAUGCUGCUCGUCGAAGUCAUCGUCGCCGACAUUACAUCGACGCGCGCCCGUCUCAUCUUCAGCUACGUCCCGGCCAUGCCUUUCCUCAUCACCACGUGGGUCAGCGGCAACGUCUCGCAGGCCGUCCUCGAAGUCACCGACUGGCACUGGGGCAUUGGCAUGUGGUGCAUAAUCUACCCCGUGUGCGCCAUGCCCCUGAUCAUAAGCCUGACCCUCGUCGGCCGUCGCGCCCGGAAGCAGGGCAUCAUGGAGAAGUACUUUGAGGACGUCAAGGGCAUGCCGUGGGGUGCUUUCCUCGUCGACCUCUUCUGGCGCCUGGAUGUGAUCGGCGUGAUCCUCCUGAUCGCCGUCUUCGCCCUCAUCCUCGUCCCCAUGACCAUCGCCGGCGGUUUCGAGGCCUCCUGGACAGCCCCGCAGAUUCUCGGCCCGCUCAUCGUCGGCGUCUGCACGAUUCCCAUCUUCGUCUUCUGGCAGCUGCGCGCGCCGCACCCUCUGGUGCCCUUCUACCUGAUCAAGGACCGCGCCGUGUGGGGUGCGCUCGGCAUCGCCAUGCUGCUCAACUGGGCCUGGUACAUGCAGGGCGACUAUCUCUUCACCGUCCUGCAGGUCGCUUUCGACUUCGACGACAUGACGGCCACACGCGUGUCGUCUUUCUACAGCUUCUUCAGCGUCGUUUCGGGCUGCAUCCUCGGCCUCGUCGUCUACAAGGUUCGCCGGCUCAAGAUCUUCAUCGUCGCCGGCACCUGCCUCUUUAUGGUCGCCUUCGGCUUGCUGAUCCGCUACCGCGGCGACGCCGACACCUCCAGCCGGGCGGGCGUCAUCGGCGCCCAGGUCGUCCUCGGUCUCGCCGGCGGUAUGUUCCCCUACCCGGCGCAGGCGUCGCUGCAGGCCGCGCUCAAGCACGAGCACCUCGCCGUCAUGACCGGCCUGUACCUGGCCACCUACAACCUCGGCUCGGCCUUUGGCGGCGCCGUCUCGGGCGCCAUCUGGACCCAGGUUCUGCCCGGCCAGCUAAACGAGCGCCUCCUCGAUUUCAACAACGCCACCCUGCCCACCCUCGCCUACGCCGACCCCUUCACCUUCUCGAAGGAGUACCCCGUCGGCACCGACGAGCGUCAGGCCGUCAUCGAGUCGUACAAGUACGCCCAGCGCCUGCUGACCAUCACGGGUAUCUGCCUGUGCGUGCCGCUGAUCGCCUUUGCCGCCGCGCUGAGGAACCCCAAGUUGAACGACGAGCAAACGCUGGCCCAGGACAAGCAGGCCGUCCAGGUCCCUGCCGCCGAGCAGGCGGAGAAGCGCGGGGAUACCAAGGAGGUUGCGCCGUGAUUUGAUGAUACCCCCAAGAGAGAUUCUUGUUUUAUCCAACCAGAGUAGUAGUAGCAGCCUAUCUGUCGUUGGAAAGCAAU